AUGUUCCUGUUCCUGUCAGACACUUGUCAAGCUCUUGGUUGUCAUGUUAAACCAUUGUGGAGAAUAUUUAGUACACAGUCUGUUUGGAAAGACUCCAGUGUACAAGAGGUUAAAAUGUGUUUUACUAGUUCAUCGAAACAAUGUUUGACUAUACUAUUUUCGUGAAUUUCAAUCAUUCAUUGUUCGAAAGUAGCCGGGUGUUAUGAUGUUUAUUGGCGGCUACUGUCUUUAAACAACGCUGUGCAUCCAUCUCGCUUUUUCCACGGAUUGUGGCUAUAAAAAGUACUCCUGUUUUUGGCAUACCUUUUAGCCACGGUUUGUGGUUUGUGGUAAAGUACAGCUGUUUUCGGCAAAACGUUUUCGGGAUUCCUGCAUUGAGGGCAGCUCCUACUUUCUUCCCACAGCCGCUUACGUAAAAAGAUUACGAAAGCUCUGUAUACUGUAUACUGUAACGAUAUAUAUUUAUCUUAAGAUUUCUAUUUUGUUAGGUUUCCUUGCGCUGUGUUGACAGUCUACUCAAGACAGGCGGACUAAAUUUUGAAGCCAUUUCGGAUGACUUGUUCACUGUUGUCAUUUCUUGUUUACAAGAUAUUACUCCUGGAGAUAACGAAUCUGCUAGGUAAAAUACUAUUUUCAUUUUAUAUUCCAUCGUGGUCCAGCGUAGCUAAUAUUCUACCAUAAGCUGCCGUUGUUUGUGUCUCAACUACCUGAAAAAGAUAUAUCGAACGUAGUGGUCCAGUGUAGGUAGUAUUCUACCAUAAGCUGCGUCGUUUGUGUUUCAACUACCCGAAAAAGAAAUCUCAAACGUAGUCGUCCAGUGUAGGUAGUAUUCUACAAUAAGCUGCCGUGGUUUGUGUCUGAAUUACCUGAAAAAGAUAUCUGAACGUAGUGGUCUAGUGUAGGUAGUAUUCUACAGUAAGCUGUCGUGGUUUGUGUCUCAUACUACCGGAAAAAGAUAUCUCAAACCUGCUGGCUUUAAAAUCGUUCAGACAGAAACCACGUAUAUAAGUUGUCUUUAUUUAUUCAAAGAGUCAGCUAACGCCUCUGCCAUCCCUGUAGAUCUGAAGCAAACUGCAAACUACAAAAAUCAUUGGCAAGUGUAAUCACAACCGCCAUCAAACCACGCACUGGUCACAAACGUAUACCUCUUGUUCAUGUUAAUUCCUUAGCGAAGGCUGUCUGUGAUGUCACUCGCGAGUUUGAUGCUGUGCUGUGUCGAGAAUUGAAGGUAUUGCGCAAACCUCUCAUCAACUGUCAUCACAAUUUGAACCAGUUCUCAACUCUCAUCCUCGUUUGAUCAGUUUGACUUAACUGGGAUAAAUAAUAAAGUAUUUUUGUGUUUUAUUGUGUAUUUCAGACUUCUCUUGCUCAGUCGCUAUGUAUCGUAUGUGUUGAGGAAAAGUUGGCCGAUCCAGUACUUUAUGAAACACUCAAAACCUGUUCCGAAAACUUGAUUGACUGGUUUGUGCGCUCUGAAGAUUUCCAAGCAAGUAUCCCGCAGUAUUUAAUAACCUUGUGAUGUCAUCGUUACGUCAUAUUGUGUUAAAGUGAAUGUUAAAAUGACUUUUAUUUGUGUUCUUAUUUUAGUUUUUGGCCAAGUGUUUAUCAGAGUUAGUUCUUUCUGAUCUGCGGCAAAGAAAACAGGUGAACGUAGCGUUUAUUGGUGGCCGGGCAGCAGAUGGUGGUCAAAGACAUGCUGACAUUUCUAGGAUAAUAAAACAGUUAUUCCACUCACUCUCGUCGAAUAUGAGCGAUAGCCGAUUCGGCGCUACGCGCAUCAUCGGCUAUCAGCUCAUAUUCGACUCGAGUUCGUAGAAUAACUGUUAAAUAUCAACACGGAAAAUGUUUUAUAUUUGUUAAAUUGUAGAUGAAAAUGUCGACAUUUGACUCAAGAAUUCCUGAUAUUUAUUUGCCACCAAAUACAAGUACAAGACUACUACAUAGAAUGAAAAGAAUUAACAUUAUUUUCCCUCUCUGAUAACUGCAGCUUGACCACCAUCUACUGCACGAUAGUGCUAGGCUUGGAGAUUAUAACAAUAACUUGUUCUCCAUGCUGUAUGAGUUCAUUUCGACAAAACAUUUAAACAAUCAUGAUAUUUCAGGCUGAAAAUAACACAAUCAAGCGGCAGAAACUUGAGGCUAUGGACAUUGAUUUGCCAGAGAACAAGAUUCAUGUGGAAACCUUUCAAGAUAUUUGGUAUUAAAUAAAUUCCAUUUUCGCUGCAAGAAAGGAUGAUUAGCAUCCCUAAGUUUAGUAUAAAAAGAACGUUCAUUUGAGUUUUUCUUGUUUUUUAAGCACGAAGUAUAAAUUACAAAAGACAACAUUGAACUAUCUGUACUUGGGAUUUACCCAUCUUUUUGGAGUUCUCAAUGAGCAAGCAAUGUCACAGGUAAUUGCUACGUGGUUUUAUUUCGUGGCCCUACCAUCUCAACCUUGCUUCCCUCAUCUUCUCUGCAAUGUCUACCACCCACAUCUUUUUCUGCUCUCUUCAUAAUGCUCCUGUCAGGCUCUCCUUCAUCUCAUCUUAUGACGUGUCCAUAUCAUCUCAACCUUGCUUCCCUCACCUUCUCUGCAAUGUCUACCACCCCACAUCUUUUUCUGCUCUCUUCAUAAUGUUCCUGACAGACUCUCCUUCAUCUCAUCUUAUGACGUGUCCAUACCAUCUCAACCUUGCUUCCCUCACCUUCUCUGCAAUGUCUACCACCCCACAUCUUUUUCUGCUCUGUUCAUAAUGUUCCUGACAGACUCUCCUUCAUCUCAUCUUAUGACGUGUCCAUACCAUCUCAACCUUGCUUCCAUAAUGUCCCUGACAGUCUCUCCUUCAUCUCCUCUGAUACGUAUCCAUACCACGGCUAUUGAAACAUUAUUCAUUUUUUGUAAAUCUUUGGUAAUGUUAGAGGUCUUGUGCAGCCUUGGAUGGCCUAACAUUGGUGUUUCGAACGCUUGUUCUCUUAAUUGAGAAACCUUCCGUACUUGGGGAGAGCAUUCUGAGCAUUGUCACAGGUGAGUAUGACUGUCUUGCCUCUGAGACUUGACCACCAUAUCCUUCAUGUUAUCUAGAAAAAAACCCUGAAAUUAGCUGCGAAAAAUGAUAUGAAAACUGUUAAUUCCCGCCACCUUGACAUCACUUUUCUCGUACACACGUAAAAAUCUCACAACUUGUCAACAAGAUGUGUUCUCAACAGGCUUGUAGCAAGCUUGUCAACAAGUUGUAACAAUGCUGUUAUUUUAUCAAGUUGCUACAAGCUUGUCACUUACAACUUGUUAACAAAUUGUUGAAUUGCAGGACGAUAACAUGUUGUUAGAACAACUUGUAACAAGUCUGUUGAACUCAACAACCUUGUAGCAAGUUAUCAACAAGCCGUUGACAACUUGUCAACAAGCUGGGAACAAGCAGUGUGAACACAUCCUGUUGACAAGUUGUUGGAACAGCAUUGCUACAAGUCUGCUGCAGGUUUGUUACAACUUGUGCGUUUUUACAUGUGUAGGCCGAAUGACCGAAAUUCUUACUCCAGGUAUAUAUAUCGCUCACCGACUCUUUUUAUUCCACAGAAGUGACAAAUGCUACAAUUCUCGAGCUCAAGUCAGCCAUGUUGACUGUCCUUGAUAAACUAUCAAGUUCUAUGGUCAGAUCUAUCGACGGUGGUGAUACUGUGAACGGCAUCAUGAGAACAUUAUUGGACCUCAUAAAAUUACUUCUAUAUUCUCACAAACAUAUCGCUGUAUCACGUGAACUUCUUAAUCUGUCCACGUGCAUCGCAUCCCUGCCCUGGAUUGUGAAAGUCAAUCCAGAAUAUGCCACUAUGGUGCCUUGUGGUAAUGGUUGGAAUUUAGCCAAGUUAAAACAGCUAUCCAGUGUAUUAGCAAAAUAUAUGGACCCUGGUACCUGCCUUGAAGUUUUAACCAUGUUUCCUCCGGAGUUGAUGACAAAAUGGAAAGUUCAUGUUUUUCAUGAAACUUUGGUAAGGAAAGGGAUUAAACUUUUGUUACAGGAUCUCAGUGAGAGAUGAGGAACCAAACAGUCAAAUCCUGAAGGUGAAAUACAAUCGCAAUAUUAUUUAUAACUACAAUCUUUUAUUACAGAGCUCUAGUGACUUCCAGGAUAUUCACAAGACAGUGAUAACGUUACUCCCUGUGUUGGUAGCCACAUUAACAGGCGAAGAACAAAAUGAAGUAUUGGACACAGUUCUACAACACUCCAAUUCAGAGUUGCUGCAGAUUUCUCUGUGUAAAAGUUUUGGCCAGCUGGGCUGCGCAUUAUUUCGCUGUUUAACAACUUCGCUUGAUGUCACAAAAUUUCCGCAGACCUUGCAAGAGUCUAGUUGUUCGCUGUGUGACAGUGGAGAUAAAUCCGAGAAUAUUAUUG